GCACUAAUUUCGGUAGUACUCCUCUGAUGUUAACAUGUUACAAAGGCCACCUGGAUGUUGCUUCCUAUCUUGUCAAACACGGCGCAAACGUAAAUCUACAAGACAUCCAUGGACGCUCGUGUCUUCAUAAUGCUUUGAAAGGGGGUCACGUUCAGGUGGUUGGUGACUUGCUUGCUUUAGGAGCAAAACAAACACAAAAUCUAAACCGUUUAACACCACUUCUUGAAGCCAGUAAUGAUUGUAAAAUUGAAAUGGUGGAGUGGUUCAUCAACCGACCACAAUGUUCAAAGGAAGAAAGAAUUGAUGCUCUUGAGCUUCUUGGAGCCACCAUUGCUAAUGAUCCUCAUGCCUACGACAUCAAAAGAGCGUUUCGUUUCAUGAAGCGAGGAAUGGAGGAGAGGUAUGAGGAUCCGUCAUGUCCUUUGCUUAAAAAGAAAAUGGAACCAGUGGAGGCUUAUCAAAAUAGAACAGAGAGUCAAACUCUUGAGGAACUUUCUCUUUUAGAAGGUGAUGAUCAUGCUAUCCAGAUGGAGGGACUUAUGGUGAGAGAGAGAAUCCUUGGAACUGAUAAUACAAUACUACGGGACCUGAUAGCUAAGCGAGGAGCUGUCCUAGCUGAUUUUAAGAGGUACGAACUCAGCGUCGGUUUGUGGACACGAGCAGUGCAGUUAGCUAUGAAUUACAAUGUUCCAAAAACACUGGAGCUUAAAUUCCUCACAAAUAAGGAAACUGACCGAAAACUUGAAGCCUGGAGAAUUGGAAGAAGAGCACAAAAGUGA